CAAUCGGGAGUUCACCAGCGCAUGGCAAUGAACAUGCACCCCUCCUCACCUCUCAGUUGGGGACGGCUGUGUGCGAGGGGGAGGGGGGGUCUUUUACCCACUUUAACGGCCUUCCCAGGCGUCAGGUUGGUUUGCAGUUGGAGCUUUGCGACCUUCAAAAGCCCAUCCCACAGCCACUGCGGCGGAAUUUUCGCAAGCGCGUGUGUUUGAUUCAAGGUGGCAUCUUUUCUUCCUUCCUUUCUUUCUUUAUCGUUCUUGCGUCGCUCUCUCGAGCUUUGAUUUUGGUCCUUCUUUCUCAUUGUUUUUCUUUCGUUUAUGUAAUCGCUUCGCUUCGCGAUGGCUAUCGCUUUCAAUCCCUUCGCCAUGCCGCCGUCCUCGGUGGCUCUCUUGUUCUCGCUGGUUUUGGGUCUGACAAACGCGAUGCCUUGGCCUCAACCUGCGAGAACGGCGGCCUAUGUGGCAGAUGAAUGGACACCACGACCGACGCCAAUGCCCAGAGAUCCAGCAAAACUAUUCAAGAGAAGCUCAGUAGCGGUGGCAGUAUGUGGUUGGGCAGGAGGCAAUUUGGCAUACCCUGCGCAAUGUGGAAGCGGCUCUUCGUGUGUACACGACACAAUGCACGGAUUCGUUGGUUGCUGUACUACCAAGGGGCCGUGUACACAGGGAGUAUAUACAACAUGUAUCGAUAACACGAGUCCAGGAUGGGAGAUAGCAGCAGCUCCGGUGAAUGAUGGUGUAAUGAAGUGGUAAGUAGUGGGAAUAUGAGAGGAGGAGACAUAGCUAACAAGUACAAGUAUCGGGGCAGACCUAUGUUACAAGAACUCCUAUCCUGGGGGAUACUCACAAUACCAGUGCGGAAACCCAGCGUUAGCUACCGCGAUUGAGACUGCAUUUAUUGGGCAGCCAACCGAAGUCAAGUUACAAGUGGUGUUUACAGGCGUGACUUUCGAUGCGGCACCUAUAGAGACAGUACAACCAUCGGGACCAUCGACCAUUGACCCUUAUGUUACCGAAACAGCUGUUGUAGAGCCAGGAAUGGAUCCAGCAGCAGCCCAAGGUACCGCUGAAGCCUCAAGUGGUUCGAGUGCAAACGCAGGAACGGUGGCUGGAGGAACAAUUGCUGGUAUUGCCGCGGUGGCUUUGUUUGGAGCCCUUGGUUUCUGGUGUUUGCGGCGUCGCCAGAAACAUGACCAGGGCAGGAGAAAGUCAUCAUUUUUCAAGUAAGUGAACACUUAGGCUUGGGCAUUCGGUAUAUAUGCUUACACAAUACGAACAGUACAAGCAAGAGAGACAUAUUUGGACCACGGCGAUUAUCGUUCAAAGCCGUUCGGCAAAGUGCUCAUAUGGACGACAUUGUCUCACCUAUGACCGGAAUUCCCGAAAAUGGGCGUAGUUUUACCAAUGCCAGCUCCUAUCUAGCGGCAGGAGGAGCAGGCGGAGUGAUGCAGCGACAAGGAGUCUCUUUCUCUUCGAUAUCACGAGGCAGUCCAUUCGCUGACGAGAAUGCACGGCAACCAUCGACAGUACCAACAGAAUUUUCGGUUGGUACCCGAGAAAACCCAUUUUUAGACAGAGAAGAAUAUGUAAUUGACCCUGAGCCACGAGCUCUUUCACAGCGGUCUCGUUAUUCUAUACCACCUAGAAACCAAACCCCAUCUCCAGCACCACUUGAGGCCGCUCGUGAGCAAAAGUUGCCUCUGGUAGAAGAACAACUUGUAGAAGAAAUCGAAGACUUCUCUCGCAGUUGGAACGACGCGGUACGAGAAAAUAAUAACUUCGACCAAUCCGACACGACAAAAGAGUUUGCUCAACCACAACCAGAAUCUACCAGUGGACUUGGAAUCUCCCAUGGCCGGACUGCAGAUCGAGAAGCUCGAACGGAAAUGUUACGUGAAGCAAAAAUAGAAUCUUUCCGUGCAAUGGCACACCCCCAGCCUCCGUCUCUCCAAACAAAACAACAUGUACACUGGGAAUCUCCUCAACUCAGAAGUGCUAGUAGCGAUGUAUCCAGUCUCCAUAAUACACCGAUCCAACCACAAUUACGAAUUAUGAAUACUCACUACGCAAGCAACUCUAACACAAGUCUACCAGCAACACCAACAAUUACAAUACCCACCAACAGCAACCUCGAAAGACCGAUCCACCCAUUAGAAAUUGAAGCAUAUCGACAAAGUAUGGAAAGCGGACGAUCCCGACUAAACAGCAACACACCCAGCACUCACAACCUCCAAAGACCAAUCCACCCCCUUGAAAUUGAAGCCUAUCGACGGAGUAUGGAAAGCGGACGAUCCCGAUCCGACAGCAACGACACAAUGGUCAACGCCACCUCGGAACGAAAAUCCUCCGUCUACUCACUGCGCCCUCUCCCGCCUCCCAAAUCUCCAAGACGUGGAUCAUCGCCUCUCUCCACCCCAGUGAACCCGAAACAUGUAUCCUUCGGUCUCACGGGGGCCAUCAGCGGCGCCCUGAACGAUAGCGACGGCUGGCGCGGAUCCGGGCUCGAUGGCCGUGGAUGGUCGCCCGCGUGGUCGGGGAUAGGAGGUGGAUGGCUGGAAGGCCAGAGUGGAAUGGCGAUGAGUACUCUGGAUGAGAAUCGCGUGUUGGAUACCAACGUGCCACCUGACGGACCGGCUGAAUUGGAUGGACAAGCGAGGAGGGUUUCGAAUGCCAGUAGGAUCGCACGAGGGAGUGUCAGUUCACAGAGGACAUCAUCUAUCUCGCAUACUCACACCCAUACUCGUGGGCUAUCGAGCCUGAGUUCUCAGCAGAGAAAAUCUGCAGACGACGUGCCGGUUAUGAAUAGUCCUUCUCAACUAAAGACGGACAGAGGAAGAGGGAGGGGUGGAACUUUUGGUUGA